CAAUUGCAGGUGCUAAUAACGGCGGGCAAAAACACUUUGCCAAUUGUAUAAAUGGCGGGAAUUAGUCAAGUUGAGCCUCACUUAACAGCCCGCAGUUCAACUAAGAACACUAAAAAUCUAAUUAACUUACCAUUAAAAUGCGCUGCAAUAAGGUUAUCUUUCAACUCAUUGCCUGUUUUGCGACUCUUGAGCUGGCGCUUGGUUAUCCCCAAGAUCGUACUACGUCAGCGGAGCAGAUUCAAAGACUUAGUGAUGCCAGUGAAGGGGAUACUCCUCCGGAGAUGUCUUCAACCAGUGAAACCCUUAGAAAUCUAUACAGAUAUGAAAGAACUCUGAGCAGAUUACGGAGAGCUCUGGAGGAGUUGGCCUAUGAGGAGGCUGCUGAUGACAUGGAGCUGGCCGAGAUCAAUGUGUUCCGGCCGCUCUUCCGUUACCGAUCCCAGGUGGUGAAGGUGAAGAGUCCCCAGCAGCAGUUUGGCUAACUAAACACUUUAGUUUUCCUCAUCUAUCAAAAAAUAAGCUUUUGCCAUUGAUACCUUUUAUACAAACUUAGCUUAAUAAGAUGUAAAAUAGAACUAAUUUAUAUUGUUAAACAUUUAAA